UUAAUCAAAGAUUAAUGGCGUCAAAGUUGCCUCAGUUACAAGAAAAGGCAGUUCAGGUUUCACAAUUUGUUGUUAAGAGUGGGAGUGGAUUAAUGGCGUCAAAGUUGCCUCAGUUACAAGAAAAGGCUGUUCAGGUCUCACAAUUUGUUGUUAAGAGUGGGAGUUCUUAUGUCAAGAAUUUAAUGGAGCAGAACAAGCACCAUGUCCAGCAUCCACCAAGCGCUGAGAACUGCAAAUUACUCGCCAAACAAUUGUUCUACACUCGCCUCGCCAGUAUCCCUCAUCGUCGCGAGGCGUUCUGGAGGGAACUUGAUGGGGUGAAGCUGUUAAUCAAGAACAGGCAGCUGGAGUUGAAUCUAGAAAAUGCUGGCCUGGCUGCUUUGUUUGGCGUUGAGUGUUUUGCUUGGUUUUGUGGAGGUGAGAUUAUUGGAAGAGGCUUCACCUUCACAGGCUACUAUGUUUGAUUGAAAUUCCUUCAGGAUUUUCAGAAUUUUAGUACUGCUAUUCCAAUAAUAGUAGUCAGUUUUGUCCCUUUUGUUUAAUUUUAAU